AAGUGCGGCAAACUCGAGAUUCACGAGCUUCGCCAAUGAACGCACCGGCAGCAGGAAAAGCUGAAUUUGUCUCAAGUAGGAUGCCUCUUGGUUACCGUUACUUCUGCAUAUCUAUUAUUUACCCAGCAUCAUGGCAAGAUAAGAUGAGUCUCCUUUAUUCGACCUCUGUCGGUGAGAUUUUGACUCUGUAGAUCACCUGUACAUUUUGAGUCUGCAAAAGUUUCAUUUUCGUCUUGACCUGUGCUUUAAAUUUAGUAGCGCAAUAGUGAAGUGAAUUUAUAGCACACUGCGACAGCAUCUUCGGAAAUGACCAACAAAUGAAGCUUAACCUUCACGAUUAAAUGUGUUUGUGAUUGACUGGGAGACUUUUCAUUUGGGCUAUAUUCUCGCGCUGUGAAAAAAUCUGUGAGAAUUUGACCACAAUAUUAGAUGAAGCAUGAAUUGAGACUCUUCAAAGAACUUCCCGUGAAUGCCAUGAUCCACGCUCAGGUGUGGGGAAGCUCCGAAAGAAUUUCGUCCAUGCAUUAAGCAUGCAACUAAAGUAACAUCAGCUGAAUAGCGUUAAGCAAAGAUGUUUUCUGAAGAAGCUAAUUACAGUUACAUUUCGAACGGCACGGAUGAGGACUUGCUGUCUGCGUUAGAUGACGAUUGGAGCGACACUCCGGUUGAGAAUAUGUCACGGACGGGACAUAAUGUGGUCGCCGUUAUUUUGGGAUCUAUUCUGGUAUUCGGGAUCCUCAACAAUUUCAUCGUCCUCGUUCUAUUUUGUAAAUUCAAGACCCUGCGGACUCCUGUGAACAUGCUUCUGCUCAACAUCAGUGUGAGUGACAUGCUCGUUUGUCUGUUCGGUACAACGCUCAGCUUCGCGGCCAGUAUCCGCGGUCGGUGGCUGGUGGGGAAACACGGGUGCAUGUGGUAUGGGUUCGUCAACUCAUGUUUUGGGAUCGUAUCAUUGAUCUCUCUGGCAAUCCUAUCGUAUGAUCGUUACAGUACUUUAACUGUUUACAACAAAAGGGCCCCAGACUACAGCAAACCCUUGUUGGCUGUCGGGGGCUCCUGGCUCUACUCACUGUUCUGGACGGUCCCCCCCUUACUGGGCUGGAGUAACUAUGGACUGGAAGGGGCAGGAACCAGCUGUUCGGUUACAUGGACGGCUGACACCCCGCAGUCACAUUCCUAUAUCAUCUGUCUGUUCAUUUUCUGUUUGGGAAUCCCCGUGCUUCUCAUGGUGUAUUGUUACAGCCGGCUCCUCUGUGCUGUCAAACAGGUAGGGCGGAUCAGGAAAACAGCAGCACGACGGAGAGAGUACCAUAUUUUAUUUAUGGUCAUCACUACAGUGGUGUGCUACCUUUUGUGCUGGAUGCCUUAUGGGGUUGUUGCAAUGAUGGCCACGUUUGGACGUCCGGGGAUCAUCACACCCAUUGCGAGCGUGGUGCCGUCCCUCCUUGCCAAAAGCAGCACAGUCAUCAAUCCUGUUAUUUACAUCCUUAUGAACAAACAGUUUUACAGGUGUUUCCUCAUCCUGUUUCAUUGCAAACACAGCUCUCUAAAGAAUGGACAGUCCUCUAUGCCUUCAAGAACUACUGGUAUCCAGCUCAACAGAAGGGCUUAUAACAACACAGUGGCUGGCAACGCACCUCCAUCCAUUGGUCUCCAAAAUGAGUGCAGCACCCCUGUCUCAGGCUGAACCAAUCCACAAAAUAAAAAUAACACCUUGAGGUUCCAAGCUCCACCCUGCCCCAUUCUAAACCUACAUAGUGUCCCAAAUGAUGCCAAUGAUGUUCUGAAAAACAGAACUGUAGCAAAAAGAUCUCUACAGUCAUCUUUGUGAUGACAAACUGUUGUCUGACAUAACACACACCAUUUUCAGUAAGUAUUUGUAUGUAACUUGAUGUGUGCAAACAGCCACUGGUGACUUGUUAAAAUGGAUGUUUAGUGCUGGUACAUUACUUCUGAAUGUGCUUACCCUCAUGUUGACUGUGUGUUCCCAACCCAUUUAAGGUUAGGCCUGAAUAAGAUGUUGAAUAAAUCUGUGAAUUUAAAGGAAGCUGAAAAACUAGUAAAAUCCUCAA